ACACCUGGAAGAAACAAAAACAUUGCAGUUGUUUAAAAAGAACAAAACAAAUAGCUUCUUUAUUUAUGGGUCAACUUUGCAUCGUUGCGUUGUUUUUACGGUUCAUAAAGUCCGCAUUUAUAACCUCAUGAGACAAGGUUCUUUACCUGAACUCUUCAAGGUAGUUUGGCUUAAGUGAACAAAUGUCUAAUAAAAAGAGAUCUUCGUUUCACCUGCUCAUCAGUCGAAGGAGUCUUGUUUGAGUAGUAAGGAAGUGAAUUUCUUCUCCAAAUAUUUGUUUUGAAAGUAAGAAAUGAGAAAGUGGUUGGAAAAUGGUCUGCUACUUUUUUUCUUGGCAGCGGUUGCGGGACAAGACGGCUCGACUCCCGGAGAGAUCUGUCCCUGCCAAGCUGAAGAUUCGUGUCAAAAUGAUCGCCACAUUUUCGGUCGUGAUGAGCUGGACAUUGAGAAAUUCGGUCUAAUUUCCCCUUGUCGCGAAGUUGGUGAAUUUCCAUGCUGCCCACGCGAGCCACCUCCACCCAAAGAAAUCAAGCUGACACAACAAGAUCUUCAGGAUUUCUCACCGUCUGAGCUUGCUGAACUUGGUAUUAUGCCUGAAGGCCCAAUUGGCUCCUCUUCGCUUCCACUAGCGGAACAAUCAGACCAAUCCAAUUUAAUUCAGCAAAAACAGCCGCCGAUCGAUAUUACGCAACCGGGGGCAGCGUCUUUGGCUCCGCAUGGAGCCACCAAUUUCGCCCCUAAAGCGCAACAUAAUCAACCGGAAGCAGUCCAUCCUACCCACCAGCAAAAUCCAGCUACCAUGGCGCAAAAUCAGCCUGUUUAUCAACAACGACCCGUCUAUCAACCACCUCCCGUCUAUCAACCACCUCCCGUCUAUCAACAACGACCUGUCUAUCAACCGCGGCCAGUUUACCCAAUGCGUCCUUCUCCUCGUUAUCCUCCACCCCAGGUGUAUCGUCCUCCUCCCAUGUACAGACCACCUUAUCGAAAAUACUAAAAGCCAAAUAUUGUCAAUACAGAAAAAUGUAAACGUUCUAUUGACUUAAUAUGAAAAUGGCCUAGUCUAGUUGUGACUUGUGAAUACAAAUUAUCUAUCUGGA